AUGGAAUCUAUCGGAGUAUUUUCUCAGAUCUGGUUGAAGAUCGUAGUAUUAAUUACUAAGAGAGACAAAAUUAGACAAGUUAUAACCAAAACUCAAAAGUUUUGGAAGAACGAUAUACCUGGUAGCGGAAACAGUGAAUUACUGAGACUGCUUCACAAAGCAACUAACAUAUUCCUUACUUACAUUUGCCUGAGUACCUGCAUGUUCCUUUUUAAACCACUAUUAGUAAGAGGGACAACAAUUUACUAUUACUACCCAAUACAGCAAAUACCAUGGUUUGUUUCGUACGCGAUAGAAUUCUAUGUAACAGUUGUUACUAUGCUUCUAGUGAUCGGCUGCAAUCUUUUCAUAUCAGUUCUUAUAGUGAUAGGAGCAGGACAGUUCAGUAACUUGAACGCCAAAAUAAAACAGUUGGAUAUAGAGAAGAUUAAGGAUAAAGAAGACUUGCAAAUUUGUAUGGUCGAACUUAGUGGCGACGUGGAAUACCACGAUUUUUUAAUUGAAUACGUCAAGUUACUGGAUGAUAUAUUUGCGAAACUAUUUGCCAUACUUAUGGCAAUAGUGACAGCACUUCUCUGCAUGAACAUGUACGUUCUUUCACAACCCAACACACAGCUGGUAGAUUUGAUACGGUGUGGCACGAUGGUAUGUGCUUUAACAACAGAAUUUUUGUUCCUGUAUGGGGUUCCUGCUCAGACUUUGAUGGAUGAGGUAGUUACAAGAUGUUUAUGA